AUCAAUUUUCCUCCUGCCUUUUUGUUCCUGCAGCUUACACUAACUCACAAACUAAGGUUACCGCAUUAGUUUCUUUUCUUUUUUUCCGCCAUCAUCGUGCAUACCUAGGUACUUACUUGCCGCCGUCCAUUCUUUUUUUUGCCAUCCUUCAAGAGUAUAAGAAUCUCUUGAAAUCGCCCAAGUCGGUCGUUUUGUUUCUUCCCUCAUCAUCACGCCAGCGGCAACAAUUUGAUUACCUUUUCAGUCUUUCCUUUAUUUUCCCACAUCUUCGUUUCCAUUUGCCUGGAGCAUUACCUUCCUUUGAGUUUACUCGCGAAGAAAAAAAAAAUCACCUUGAUCGGUCUCACUCUCUUAACAACAACGUCACUGAUUUAUCUUUGUUCCCUCCGUCGAACAAAGUAACCUAUAAGUCCAAGCAACUUUCAGACUCUUCAGUCAACAAUUCAGAUCGAUCUUCUACUUCAUUAAAUCUGCAGGAACCAGAUUUCAUCGUUUCAUCAAACAGUCAAAAUGUUUUACUCUAAGAAGAUUGUCGCUAUCACCGGUCUCCUUGCCGGUGCCAAUGCCCACAUGGUUAUGGUUAGCCCUGCCCCAUUCAACCCUACUGCCCUCAACAAUAGCCCUCUUGAGCCCGAUGGAAGCAACUUCCCUUGCAAGAUCGGUGGUGGCUACACUGCUUCCGGUGGCCAAGUGAACAGCUACGCCCUCGGCUCCAAGCAGUCCCUCUCCUUCAAGGGAUCUGCUGUCCACGGUGGUGGUUCUUGCCAGAUCUCUAUCACCUACGACGAGAACCCAACCAAGGAUAGUGUCUGGAAGGUCAUCCACUCCAUUGAGGGUGGCUGCCCUGCGCGUAACACACCUGGCAACCUCCCUGCCGACAGCGCUGACUUCGCUGACCCCUUCGCCUACGACUACACCAUCCCCGACAACAUCCCCGCCGGAAAGGCCACCAUCGCCUGGACUUGGCUCAACAAGAUCGGUAGGCGUGAGUUCUACAUGAACUGUGGUGCCCUCGAGCUUACUGGUAAUGGCGGUGACAAGGCCAACUUCGACGCCCUUCCUGACAUGGUCGUCUUGAACAUUAUGGGCAAGCCCGAAACCAUUGAGGGUAUGGACUACAAGUUCGAGAACCCUGGUUCCUCCGUCGAGGACAACACCGUUGCUGGCUCCGUCGCCACUUGCGGUGUUAGCGGCUGCACUGCUGGUGACACCGCUCCCGCCGCUCCUGCUAACCCUGCUUCUGGAAAUGGUAAUGGCAAUGGCGAUGCUUUCAUCACUAGCCCGUCCACCCCCGCUCCUACUCCGGCCCCUGCCCCUGCCCCUGCCCCGGCUCCGGCUCCGGCUCCGGCUCCGGCCCCUGCCCCUGCUCCCGUUGCCGGUGGCUCUGGCUCUGCUCUCUCUGGUGCUUGCAGCCCUGAAGGUACCUUCAACUGCCUUGGUUCCAGCUACCAGCAGUGUGCCGCCGGCACCUGGUCCGUCAGCAUGGCCAUGGCUGCCGGCACCAUCUGCACUGGUGGCCAAGGUGCCAACCUUAACAUUGCCGCCGCUGGCCGCAAGCGCUCCGGCCGCUCUUUCCGCGCGUAAAUUUCUUUCUUCUCUCUCAGCAGCAGCAUCGCAUCCUUUCUUAAGCGGUCUCACGGUGUUAUGAUGACGGUCCCGGAUUGUCUUCUCUGCAUCUCUCUAGAGGAUCUAACGACGGGUUGUUAUGACUUGGAUAGGACAAAAAGCAUCAUUUCUCUCUCCUUCUUGUUCUUCGGUGUGGGAUCCGAUUUCUAGGGGGGGCAAAUAUUCACGACAAAGGGAAACGGGGGGCCAAGCGGGUUGCAUACAUUUUUUUCUCUUCACACUUUCCAUCUUCCAUGCAUGGGUGCAUUCACUUCUUCUCUUCGACAAAACUCCUUAAGCAUUUUAGACUUUUUUGAUGUAACAUUAAAACCAACUUCUCUGUAAAUAGGUAGCUCGUUUUUGCCGUAUAAACAAUAUCAGGCGCUGAUCUAUA